GGGGGCGGGAGCUGGGGCCCGGUGGUGGGAGGAAGCCGGAAGCAGCCGCGGCCCUAGUUCUGGAGACAUGGCGGGCGUUAAAGCUCUUGUGGCAUUAUCCUUCACUGGGGCUAUUGGGCUGACUUUUCUUAUGCUGGGAUGUGCCUUGGAGGAUUAUGGUGUAUACUGGCCCUUGUUCGUCCUGAUUUUCCACGCCAUCUCCCCUAUUCCCCAUUUCAUCGCCAAAAGAGUCACAUAUGACUCUGACGCAACCAGUAGUGCCUGUCGGGAACUGGCGUAUUUCUUCACUACUGGGAUUGUUGUUUCUGCCUUUGGAUUUCCUGUUAUUCUUGCACGUGUGGCUGUGAUCAAAUGGGGAGCUUGUGGCCUUGUGCUGGCAGGCAAUGCUGUCAUUUUUCUUACAAUUCAAGGUUUUUUCCUGGUAUUUGGAAGAGGAGAUGAUUUUAACUGGGAGCAAUGGUAGCACUUUAUUUUGAUAGAGAACAUUGUAUUCCUUAAGAUUUGUACUGUAUGUAUAUGUGUGUGCAUGUGGUGUUUUACUAUGGGAUUUAAUAUGCUGGUUUUUUUAUACCUUUAUAUCAUGAUCACUUUAAGGAAGACUUCCUAAGUAAAAGAUGAGUUUAAUUCCUAGAUAAUGGACCUCAGCUUUUACUGAAGUUGAAAUAUGUUAUUUGUUUGGCUGUUCACAUAGUUAUGUUCUCAGAAAACAUAUUAACACAGUCUUUUAGACAGCUGCUCAUUUAUACAGGCCAUCUAAACCUUUUGUGUGGAGGUGUGCUUAGAUAGGUGAAGACACUGAAGCAGGUCUUUUAUAGCUCAGAAACACUUGGCUCCCACUGUGUUGUAGACCCUUGCUUCUUAGAAUGUGGUCCAUAGACCAAGAACACCAGCAUCUCCUAGCUUAUUGGAAAUAUAAAAUCUGAAGCUCUCCUGCCCACCACCCAGACCCAGUGCAUUUUGAUGAGAUCCCAAGUGAAUCAUAUUCACAUUAGAGUUUGAGGAACUUUGUUAUAAACAUCACACCUAGCUUCCUUGUCUUCCCCUUGGAUCGAUCACUUACCCUCUCUGGGAGUCCUGCUCAUUUGUGGGAAAAAAUUCCCUUAUGUUGAGGAGGAGUUCAGAUUCUCUUUGGUGUUUGUGAACUGUUCCAAACUGUAAUAUAUGGGCAAUUUCCCAAAUUUGUGGAAAGUGUUUUCAGUGGGAAGCAAAGUCCUCACAUCAUCUGAAAGGCAGUGCCUUUUUCACAGUGCUAGGGCACAAAAUAACCCAAGCCCCAUUGGUAUGCAGGAGAGGAAGGCUGGGCUGGAACCAGCCCCUGCUUUAGUUAUGAGGAGAGAAGAAUAGAUAGGCAUCGCUUUUAAGUUUCUCUUAUUAGUCUUGCACUUCUUCCCAGCCCCUUCCUAAUGCUACCUUAUCCCAACUCCUCAGCAGUUCUGAUUUGCCAUUUCUUCUUGAUGGCUCUGCCCUUCUCCUUUCUAAAGAAAUAUUGGAGCCAAGUGAGCAAGCCAAAAGCAAACUGCUGGAGUUUAUUUACAUGUUGAUGUACUUAAUGGUGCUUCAUUCAAAACUUUACUCCACCUUUAAAUAAAUCAUUGGAAAUAAAUGUCAUAUUGUAUCUUAUGAUCAUAGUUUUUCUAACUCAUCUUUUUGUCCAAGACCCAUUGAGAAAAGAAAAUAUAAGAAAUAGAACCAUUUGAUAAGAAGAAAGCCAGUGGUUUUUAAACAUUAAUGUGGUUGUUGAUAUAUGUACAAAGCACUUCCACCUUGAGGUUUGUGAUGUUAGUAACCAGCACACCCUUUGUGUGUUGGUGUGAUAUUGGAACCAGAAGAGAAAAGUAAUAUCUAAAAGAAUAAUGUGCAAUGUUGGUUUUUGGCCUUGUAUGUGAUUUUAUGUUUUUUAAUAUUCUGUGUACAUAUAAAAUUGUUGAAGUUAUUUGCAAUAUUUACAUUGGGAAAAUUACUUAGAUACUUUGUAAUUUUAACUGGCAUUUUUAAUCAUGACACUUGCACUUAUUGUAUUAUAAUAAAUUUCACUUUUAACACAAGAAAA